UACUCAUCUCUGCAUUGGCAUUCUCCCUACUCAUCUCUGGAUCAACUAUGAUUUUGUAGUCACUGACUGAGCCUCGUUCCCUUGUGGUUAGUUGGGACUGAAACCAGGAAUUAAAAAUGAAACUUCUUUUAGUGAUCGGUCUCUUCGCCGUUAUUUCUUGUUCAGAAAGUAGUGCCGAUGACAAAGCCAACAAAGGACCUAAAGUGACAGAAAAGGUUUGGUUUGAUAUUGAAAUUGGAGGAGAACCAGCAGGAAGAAUAGAAAUUGGUUUAUUUGGAAAAACUGUUCCCAGGACAGUUAAGAACUUCGUUGAACUAGCCAAAAGAAAUGCAGGAGAAGGCUAUAAAGAAAGCAAAUUCCAUAGAGUCAUUAAAGACUUUAUGAUUCAAGGAGGAGAUUUUACUAAAGGUGAUGGAACUGGAGGACACAGUAUUUAUGGACAACGAUUUGCGGAUGAGAAUUUCAAACUGAAGCAUUAUGGUGCUGGUUGGCUGUCUAUGGCAAAUGCCGGAAAAGACACUAAUGGAUCUCAAUUCUUUAUCACCGUUAAAGCAACUCCCUGGUUAGAUGGGAGACAUGUUGUAUUUGGCAAAGUUAUCAAAGGGAUGGAUGUUGUAAGAAAAAUCGAAAAUGUAAGCACGGAUGGCCGUGAUAAACCUUCUAGAGACGUCAUUAUCGCAGACAGCGGAGCAGAGACAAUUUCUGAACCGUUCGGUGUAGCUAAAGAAGAUGCCACGGAUUAAAAAGUAACUUUAACAUUUCUUGAGAAGUUUUGAAUCAGAAUGAAUAAACAUUUUGGCAUCUGCCAUAUCAAUAAUUUUUACAAUUGUAAUUGCAUUUCUAUGAUGAAUUAAUAAAUAUAAUUUGUUUAUAA